UGGUGUAAGACGUGUAAUUAUGUGUUGGGGGAUUUAGUUAGUUUUUUAUUUUAAUGUUUUCCGGCUUUACGACUACAUUCAAUGGCAAAAAUGUGAAGUGCAAUAAAAGUACAUUAAAAAAUCUGUGUUGUGUAUAAAUAAGUAAAGUGUGUCAUCUCGCCAAAUUAAAACGCAGUGACAGCCUAUUAAAUUUGUGCGUGUUAUCGAAUUACAAUAUUAGUUUUGUCUCCGUAAAUCGCACCCAAUAAAUAAACCGAUAAUUUUUUAUAUAAAAUCGGUGAAAAAUGUAUAAUCUUUUACUCAUUCUUGUUAUACGUACAUCAGAUAAACAACGAAAAGUGCAACUCGAAAUGUGAGUGAGUUUGAAUAAAAUACAGUAACAUAAUGCUUUCCACAACAACGUUCAUAUACAAUUGCAUGCAAUACUACCGGGUGUGAACAAAUGUUUUUAAAUUUAUGCUGUGAAGCGAAACAACAAAAUUAAAAAGCUUAGCGGUGGUGAACCCAGAAUCAGCCAGUUAACUAUAAAAUAUGCAAAUUUGCAUCUAUCAAUAUACAUAUAUACCUACCAUGUACAUGCACAUAAAAUUUGAAUAAAUUUAUCGUGUAUGCCAAUGUAGGAGGGAGAAAGGAAUGAACUUAUAAUAAAAAAUAAGUGAAAACGCAACAAAAACAUAUCGAAAAUAUACAAAUACAAUUCACUUAAAUAUCAUUAGUGCUGCAAUCAACACUUUAAUCAAUUAAUCUGGCGAUAAGAAAAACUAUCUAAACUUCGGAUGUUAGCGAUAAAAUUAUCAUAAUAAACGAAUUUUUAAAAUGGAUUCUUCUAAAAAACAAAAAAAUGCAAAACUCUCAACAUAUCAUAAUAUUAAUUGAAGUGAUAAAUACAUACAUAUAUUAUUACUCGAAUAUAUAAAUGAACUAAUAGUAAACAAAACACAACUAUAUUUGAUAUCAAAGAAAAUAUUCGUGAACAGAAGUCAGUUAAAGUUAAGAGCUUUUGUUUUCUAAAUAUUCAGCACGGACAUCUAAAAGCUAAGCAAAAUACACAGGAGUGACAAGCAAAUAAAGUCAACAAACAUACAUGUGUAGAUACGCCAUUUGUCUCGAAAUUUAAAGGGCCAAUCGUUUUGCUUUCAAUCGUGUUUGCGUGUGUGCUUUUGUUUGUGCUGUUGUUGAACAGCGUUUUGGUUCGCAAAGCAGUGACAGCAGCCAAUUUAAUAGAUCAGUCAGAUUAAAUAAUGUUAAUACAGUAAGUAAAAUAAAUGUUCCGAAAACAUUUUAUGUCCCUCCAUGCUAUUUCCAAAGGAGAAGGAACUAUGGCGUUAUGCGUCAAAAAACCUGUCAAGAAAUUUCGAUGGGAUAAACAAUUUGGAGCCACAACAGCCGCAUGCCCAUCAACAUCAACACCCCCUUCUAGCGAGCCAUCACUACCGGAACUCACUUCAGUGCCAGAGUUCAUUUUGCAAUUCCACGAUUACAUCGAGCACACUGACAUCCAAUCUCGAAUACUCUGGUUCGUCUACGGAAGUAAGCUUCGAACAGAAAGCGAACGAUUCCGUAAGUGGUUGCAGUUAUGGAAGCAGUUGCGACGGUAUGAGCGUCGCCUCCUACAUACGGGUAAAAGCUCAAAAAAACAAAAACCCCAAUCGCUCCUCGGAUCACUUAGCGAGAUUAUCCCAUCGUUCCCUUCAAUCGAGUCUAAAGAAUCUGUCGGCCUCAACCCUGGCGAUGUCAGAAGUGACGACGGUUGCAACAGCGGCUACAACAACAGCAGCAGGAACAUUUGCUGCCACAGUAAAUAUGCUGCGGAAUUGUUGUGGCGGCAGUGGUUUGUCCACAGACUCGCGCGCAAGCAAUUCGAUAUCGAACGCUUUCUAUCAAAACGACAAAGAAGCUAUUGGUCAACAAAAGUUCCAACAAACUUUUCGAAAGCUUAUGAAAAUGUUGAAUUGGCAACAGCAAGCCACAUUACUGGAUGCGGUAAAAAGCCGCAAAGAAAUGUCGGUCGUCAACACUUCGUGUUGUAUUCUACUAAAAAAAUCCUUAAUUUACAAAGAAGAGCCGUACGUGAUUGUAUGUCGACUGUUUUUUUGGCAAAAUUUGAGAGAUGCAACGGAGCUGAAACGAUUACCGAGCUGUUCAAACGACCGCCAUCCUAUGUAUGUUUGCUGCAACCCUUUGCACUGGUAUCGAGUUCUCGAAACAGAUACUGCACCUCCACCAUACCAAAUGCAAGGAGUGCCCAGAUCGAAGUUCGAAGACGAAGACUGCACCGAAAUUUUAUGCAACAACAACAAUAUUUCAACCAAAAUAGGCAAAAUGACUGAUAGUGAAGAACGACAAUCUUGGUGUCAAGUGGCAUACUGGGAGCUGAAUGAGCGUGUUGGAAAUCGUUAUUGCGUGCAAAAGCCCUUUGUGAACAUUUAUGCAGAAGGUUCAAGUGAUUGUAAGUGGAGUCAGGAUAUGUGCUUAAUGGAAUUAGCUGCAAAAAAGGGUACACCAUCUCGAGAGGGCGUUGAAAACACAAGACAGAAAAUUGGCUUAGGUUUGAUACUAAGUCAGGAAUCUGAUGGUGUUUGGCUUUACAACCGGUCUAAGGCACCAGUUUUUAUUUUAUCACCGACUUUGAAUGAAAGUUUAACAUGUGUUUAUAAAGUGGCACCAGGAGACUGUCUGAAAGCCUUCGAUAAUAAUAGGGCUCAAUCACUUAACUGUUCUUCACAAUUUCCUGGUGCUGAAGCGGGUCCAAUAAACAUGCAAAGCAUCUGCAUUAGUUUUGUAAAAGGAUGGGGCGAACACUACAAGCGGCAAGAUAUUAUGAAAUGCCCAUGUUGGCUUGAAAUUUCUUUUAGUCAACGGUGACACCCCUUAUCGAUUGGGACUUUAAAAUUGGAUUUUAAAACUUAUAUGUGAGGAAGUCAAGCCAAGGAAUCUUCGCCAAUAAUUAUAUCACAAUCCAGAAUGUGGAGAAAUUUACUGCUGCGACGUCGUACCUCACCCAACAACUAUGGAAUGGUCGAUAUAAGAUAUAAAUUGUUACGAUCGGCCACAGAAAUUGAACAAACAGCGGUCUAGCAUGAGAUAAUUUAGCUGAAACAUAAUUUCAUGAAAUUAAGCUCUUGCAUAUGUAAUUAAUAUCGUAGCAAUCAAGUUCGUGGAGAAAUCGAAGCUGUCGAUACCGACAAUGAAUAUCGAUACCACGAAAGAAUUAAGAUAAUUAAGAUAGGGAAAUCCUGUGAUUCAAAAACUUACAAUAGUUAAGAUUUUUUUGAGUACGUUUUAUAUUUUAGUAAGCUGUGUUGAAAAAAUAGUAUAUUUCAAGAAUUGCGAGCGUUGAUCGCUUUUUAGUGCCCAAUUCAAACUGAUACAGAUGAUUAGCGUUAAGAAUGCAUAGUGUCUGAAAAUGUGUGUAUACUUGAAUUAUGCUUAAGUAGCAAAGAAAAGCAAACGCAGAAAAAAAAUAAAUGCCUAAGGCAGUUCUAGUAAGAAUCAUAAAAAUAAAAAAGGCUCAAUUGCUUAAAUGUA